UCUAUUUAAAUGACGCGGGGAUGAUAGUGAACAAGUACAUCACUUUGCUUCGUCCAAUUUACAGAGAAUCUCUCUCCUCUUCAUUGUUCUUAAUUUCAUCGAAUUCUCCAAACAAGAUAUUCAUAUAAAGAUUAGAUUUUUAUCCAAAAAAAAAAAAAAAGGAUUUUCUAAUGCAGGAAUUCAAAACCGUCAAGCAGAAAAAGAGUGUAAUUUAGUCUCUUCCGAUAAAUAACCCAUCGGCAAAAUCCCAUCUCCGUUCCUUCUUACACUCCGAGAAAAAUAAUGACCGUCCGAUCAUUAACUGACGUCAUCCCUUCCGCCGCCACUCUUACGAUCAUGUCGAAAUUGCUUUCUUUCUGGUUCGCCCUCGCCACACAGCCUCCUGGUCUGGAUCCCUAAUUUUUAUUUUUUAUUUAAUUGAGCUUUUUUAGUUAUCCAAUAUUUGAAAUUUCAAUUUAGUGGCCAAAUUACUGUUUAAUUGUAUUUGAGAGCCUGAAAAUAUGUAUUGUGAGUCGAAUUGGGGGGAAUUAAUGAACCAAUUGUCCCGUUAUCCGAUUGGGUUUACGGAGAAUCGGGUGAGCGGAGAAACGCCGUUUAGACAAUCGUUGGUAUUGGACGGUGAAAAGGGGGAGUUAGUUAAAUCAUCGGUGAAAUUAGGGAAGAAAAUCGAGGGUUUGGAAACGAAGACGAUGGCCGCUUUGAAGAGCCAUAGUGAGGCGGAGAGGCGAAGGAGAGAGAAAAUCAACGCGCAUUUCACGAGCCUACGUGGACUUGUACCGGACAGCGAAAAGAUGGACAAAGCAGCGUUACUAGCCGAAGUAAUCAGCCAAGUAAAGCAAUUGAAGACGACUGCAAAGCAAGCGAGUGAAGGUCUGCAUAUCCCAAUGGAUACUGAUGAAGUACAAGUCGAAGUACUCGAUAAUAACAAUAAUGCCAUUAAUGGUUCUUUCUUGUUGAGGGUUUCACUUUGCUGCGAAUACAGGCCCGAUCUAUUGUCUGAAGUGAGACAAGCUCUCAGCAUUCUUCGUGCACGGAUUUUGGAGAGUGAGAUAUCUACAUUGGGAGGCAGAGUUAAGACCGUAUUCUUGGUUACUACAGAAGAAGAGACGAACGAGAAUGCGGUUCGUUCGGCUCUGAGUAACGUUCUUGAUAAGUUGUCUGCAUCGGCCGAGUAUGAUCAGGAAUUGUUUUUUCCUCGUAAAAGGCAGAGGGUUUCGUGUGUUGAUUCUUUGUGAUAGUUUCUCAAAUUUUCGAUUUGUGUUGAAGGUAGCAUGGAGUUUUCGUCGGAUCGAAUUUUCUGGGAAAAAAUCAAAGAAAGAAUAAUUCGAUUUCUUGGUAUUUAUAGUGUGUGUGUGUGGACAAUUUUAUGUAAAUUGAAUCAAAUGAAUAUACUGAAAUAAUUGGAAAAAUUUAUAUUUCCAUU